GCGGCGCAGGCCCCCCCCGGCGGGCUCCUCAACCGCUUCGUCAGGCUCCCGCCGGGACGGGGCGGCCUCAGGGUCCCACCAGCCAGGAGUGGCCACCGCUGUGUAGCUGACAACGCCAACUUGUAUGUGUUUGGAGGGUACAACCCCGACUACAAUGAGUCCGGCGGGCCAGAGAACGAAGACUUCCCGCUCUUCAGGGAGCUUUGGCGGUACAACUUUGCUACAGGCACCUGGCAUCAAAUGGACACAGAGGGCCACAUGCCAAAAGAACUGGCAUCCAUGUCCCUUGUGUUGCACGGGAACAACCUCUUGGUCUUCGGUGGCACCGGGAUCCCUUUUGGCGAGAGCAAUGGCAACGAAGUCCACAUCUGUAACGUGAAGUACAAUUGCUGGGCCCUGUUCAACUGCCGAGGGAAGAAGCCGGAACGUAUCUAUGGACAGGCAAUGGCCAUUAUUAACGGCUCGCUGUACGUGUUUGGAGGAACAACCGGCUACACCUACAGCACAGACCUGCACAAGCUGGACCUCAACACCGGAGAAUGGACCCAGCUGAAGCCAAACAACAUGCACUGCGAUAUGCCGGAGGAGAGGUAUAGGCACGAAAUCGCACACGACGGGCAGAGGAUCUACAUCCUGGGAGGCGGCACUUCCUGGACAGCCUACUCCUUGGACAAGAUCCAUGCCUAUAACCUUGAAACAAACACUUGGGAGGGAAUCGCAACAAAGCCUUACAAUAAAAAAGAGUUCCCGGCCGCCAGGAGGUGCCACAGCUGCGUGCAGAUAAAAAACGACGUCUUCGUGUGCGGGGGAUACAACGGAGAAGUGAUCCUCGGAGACGUCUGGAAGCUGAAUCUGGAAACCUUGCAGUGGGUGAAACUCCCGGCCGUCAUGCCCGAGCCAGUUUACUUCCACUGCGCCGCCGUGACUCCGGCUGGCUGCAUGUACGUCCACGGUGGUGUGGUAGACAUCCUCCAAAACAAACGGACUGGCUCUCUCUUCAAGAUGUGGCUGGCGGUGCCCAGCCUGCUGGAAUUAUCCUGGGAGAAACUUCUCGCAUUCUUCCCUCACCUAGCGAACCUCUCCCGAUCGCAGCUUUUGCACCUGGGACUCACGGACAGACUCAUUGAACGCUUGGAAUGAGAGCCGCCCGCCCCCCGAAACACUUAAUUUAAAAGCGACUCCCCCUACUCUUUCCUUCUUUCUUUCUCCCCCGCCCCCCAUUUAUGAAUAUCGCCGAGGAUGCUACUAAGGAGACGGAAGGCCCCGCUCCGAAGCCUUACUCGGCAGAACGCGGCAGAGGCCUCCCCAUGGAUCCUUAAGUUUAUGGAAGUCGGCUUUUUUAAGAGAAACUCACAGAUACCUAUAAAUAUAUCAUGAGCUAAAGUAUGCCGUCGCUGAACUAAUUCCUACCGCUUUGGCUGCAUGCUUGUAGUUUUAAGACUGGAAGGGGGGGUGGCUAUCUUUGGCUGGCCUCCCCCCUCCUAGCUGUUGUUUCGUGAGGUGCGCUUAAUGGCAUUGAAUUCGCUGAAGCUCAGCGGUUCCGGCGAUCUCUCUGAAGGGACGGGCCAUGAGCCCGGCGCGCCGGAAUCCGUCCCGCUCAGUCGCUGCCGGGCCUGCGACAUGCGCCGAAAGGUCCGAGCGACGUCUGUUGCCCUCCGGCUGUUAAUGUCCGGAGGCCUCACCUUGACUGUUGUGCAAACGUGUUGUCUGUUUCUUGCCUUUUGACUCCGAAACGUCCAGGGAGAGGCCGGCCGACGCAGCGCCCAUCCUGAGAGCGCCACAGUCCUUUCCUCACGGGGCGGGAAGGCGUGCAGAUGGCCAACAGGCCUUACACUCCUCACUCGCGUCCGACGUCGAAGUCGACGGAACAAAGGAAUCACAAGUUGUGAAUGCCGCGCCCUCCCUUUUUGUUGGCUUUUGCAAGUGAUGUGUAAGAGUGAAUUGGAAACGUUACACUUCGCGCCGUAGCUGAAGCAGCCGGCGGCUUUCCCCGCUGUAGGUUAUUGGUGGAAUUGCCUUCUCCCCCCCCCCCCCCCCCCCAUCUUUUUA